UUCACUUUUAUAUCUCUUUUCCAUUUCUCAUUCAGCAGCUCAUUAAAAGCACACAAACAGACAUGGGAGGCCCUAAUCUUGAAAUCUUCAAAUUCGGAUUCUAUCUCUUCACACCUAUUUAUGUGAUGCUCAAGUUUGGAGACCCAGAAUGGUACGACGACUACGUCCGACCGUAUAAGGAGGUCUUCUGGCCUCCAUAUGAGACCACCCACCAACCUCCUAAAACUCAUGCCGCCAUCAAAGAAGAACUUGCCCGUAUGAAGGCUGAGAGAAUAGCAAAGAAGACUGCUGAGCCCAGCCAGACUGAGGGUACAGAGACGGUGCAAAGCAUGCUUGCGGCUGAAGAACGGACGCAAGGAGAAGGAGCAGGAGAGACCAAGUGGAAUAAGUUUGGUGCAGCUGGACAUGGGAGAUUAGUAUGAGAUACUCCACUCCUAUUAUUCUCUUACUUCAGUUUUCACUUUUUAUCUCAGCACUGCAUCCAUCUUUUCAUCUACAUUACUUGUCACCUCUCAUUCAUGGAUUUUGUUUUUGGCUCUGUACCACAUCUUCCUAUAUG